GAAUGAAGAAGUCACCGCGCAAAAAGAAAUGUAUUUGCAAUACCAUUGCUAUUCUCAAACAGAUUACUGGAAACCCCGAGCCACUGAAACAAACAGAAUUAAAUAAAAUCCGCUUGAACUUGUGUACGGAAAGAAAUUCAGAUGGAACUGGUCAUUUGGUGCUAAGAGGCAAAGAUAUUUACGAUAGAUAUAAACGACGUAUUACGGAUGCAGAUAUAAAAGCUAUUUGUCGGUACAUAAAAGAAGAACCGCGGAGAAUCACAAAAGUCGAUCUGAGCUACAAUAGUGUAACAGAUGUGGGCUUCUUCAAAUUAUUGAAAAAUAUUCUUGUAAAAGCCCGAUCGAGUGUUAUAAACUUGAACAUAAUGAACAAUAACAUUACAGAAGCAUCAAUUUUGAAUUUAGCAAAAUACGCACAGUUAGUGAAACUGAAAUAUUUAAGAUUAAACGGCAACGAUUUUGGAGUAAAAGGAGCUGAAUAUUUUGCGGACUUUCUCAAAAAGAACGUAUCUCUUCAAUACUGUGAUAUUGGGCAAACAAAUCUGACUUUAACAAGUGUAUCCCAUAUUAUUACAGCGCUUCGGUAUGACCACGGAGGCAAUACCACUUUAAAAGUACUAGAUCUCAGUCGAAUAAUACCUUCGUUCAAUCGUUAUUCAUACGAAACUAAAUGGUUAGCUUACCACUUAGAAUAUCUCCUAGAACAGAACUCGACAAUAAUCGAAUUGCAUUUGCAAAAGAACCAAUUGAUCGGGCACGAUGUGGAAUAUUUGGAUAGAGGCCUUCGUAGAAACGAUACUUUGCUAUAUUUGGAUCUAGGUUACAACAGAAUCGGUGAAUACGGAGCUGAAUUACUUGGCAAAUAUUUAGCUGACAGGCCCCAAUUAAUUUUCUUGAACUUAGCUGGGAAUGGAAUAAAAGAUACGGGAGCGAGAGCAUUGAGUUUCGGUCUACCUUAUUCGAAAAUUCGAGCGUUAGACGUGGGGCAUAAUAAAAUUACCGAUGACGGUAUUCUAGACAUAUUGAAUACGUUAAAAAAGUAUUAUUACUUGCGUUUCUUGAAUAUAUGGGGGAACACAAUAACACAUGAAAGUUGUGUUGUAAUAGAGAGGAUGUUGAUCAGCGGAGCGUUGUUCCAACACACAAUUGAUUUAAAACUGUACGAAGUAGACGAUGUUCUUCAUGCAGCGUAUUACCCGAAUCCGGCAGAUAGAAAUAAGCACCUGUAUUACGAUGAAUUGGACUACGGUUGCGCUCAACCCGUUUAUCACAUAAUCAGGAAUGUGGUGGAAGAGAAGAAAGUCGUUAAGGUCGAUUGUAAACAACGCCAUAAACUCGAUAAAACGGAUAAAAAUAGGUUCUGAAAAGUAGUGAACGCAAAACGUUCGUACGAAACGAUAGUGAUUUAAAUGAAUGGUAUCAAACUUUCGUAGCAACCCCUAAGGUAAAAUCUUAGAUGG